CGUAGUGCGUACUGCGUACGCCGUAGUCCGUACUCAGUCCUCACAAGCCAGUACAGAGUGUAGGUCCUCCAACAGUGCACGUAUAAUAUUCUCAUGUUCAGUAAUAUGGGUUUUAAGAAGCAUUGAGACGUCGAUAUGACCCUCCUACCGACCAUCCUCCUGACGCUCGUCGCGGUCCAAGUCGGCCACGGCUUCAAUGGCGAUAGUUUCGAGCUGGAAUGCCCCGACGAGUGCGACUGUCAUUACUUCAGAAUAAACUGGGUCACCGACUGCUCGGAAAGCAAUCUCACCGAAGUGCCGUACGAUGAACUGAGCCUCAGCGUUUACAUUCUCGACCUGAACGGCAACAACAUAACUGCGCUCCAUCACUUUCCCAGCGAGAUCAAAAUGAGGAGGCUCCAAAUUGCUCACAAUAAGCUCACGAGAGUCGAAAGGGACGCUUUCCAGGGAUUGGAGUAUCUGAUCGACAUUGACUUAUCGGGGAACAACAUCAGCUACGUGGAUCCCGAGGCUUUUAUGGACUCACGAGGUCUUCUUAACGUGGAAAUCCAGGACAACCCACUCAACAACAUCGAGGGACCUUUCCUCAUCUCCAGCACGCUGCAAUACCUGGACAUCAGCUCCUGCAACAUAUCAGUGAUCAACUCGCAGUUCUUCGAGAACAUCACGUCGAUAACAACCCUAGAUCUCUCCAGCAACCCCCUGGUCAAACUAGAGGAAGGAAUCUUUGACGUACUCACGAGUUUAGAAACUUUAAAGUUAAACGACUGUAAACUAACUCGUAUUUCCGAGAAUGCCUUUUCCACCCUAAUUAACUUGAAGAACUUAGAGCUAGCAGGUAAUUUCUUGUCGAGCACUAAUUGGCCCGAGCUUUUAGGAACGUUGACGAGACUGGAAUAUUUGAAUCUCAGAAAGUCGAAUCUGACAUCGCUCUCCGAGGACACUUUCACGAACUGUACAAAUCUCGUCAGCCUUAUACUUGCAGAAAAUGAGCUGCCUGAGAUGGACGUUGCGGCAACGUUGGGUAAUAGCGUUGAGCAUUUGGAAUUAUUAGAUUUAUCGAAUUGCAAAAUUCGCGGUCCGCUAUCCGGCGAAGCGUUCGCUAAUGCUACGAGACUAAAGGUGUUGUACCUCUCUGGCAAUCCCCUGUUUGCGCAAGACCUGAAAGAAGCCUUGGCACCUCUUCCAAAAUUGGAGAGAUUAUUUAUUAGCAACUGCGGCUUGCGCAAUCUUCCCGACAAUUUCAAUGUCUUCGAAAAUCUGAUAGAAUUAGAUAUUUCUCACAAUCCGCUAGUGAACGUCUUCACGAGAUUACUCGCUCCACUUGACCAGUUGGAAUACUUAAACAUGGGCUACAGCAACCUUUCGUAUAUAGGACCGGAUACGUUUGCACAUAUGACGGGCCUUAAAAAGCUGGUCCUCUCGGGUAAUGAUCUGCUAUCACUCGAGGCCGGCCUGUUCGGCAAUUUGACUCAACUCACAAGUUUAGAGCUCGAGUUUUGCGGCCUGAAGAGACCCGAAAACUCCAACGCCUUCUUCAAGAACCUCACAUACACCAACUUGAGGGAAAUCAAACUGGGCGGAAACCCUCUCAUCAUACCUUCCACGGGGCCCCUCUUCCCGAAACAACUCUCUCAAGUCACCGUUCUCGAUUUGAGCAACUGCAACAUAUCCUCGUUAAAUCCGGACGCAUUCGCUAACACCGAAAACUUAACAGAUUUGAACUUAGCCGGUAAUCAUAUCAAAUCCGAGGAAGGAAGCCUAACAUUUUUGGAGAUUUUGAGUCAUCUAGAGAAGAUAAAUCUCAGCAACAACAAUUUGACAACGAUUGACCCUCAACUUUUCGCUCACAAUCCGAGGCUCCACUCGUUGAAUCUGCUCGGCAAUCCGUUCAUAUGCGAUUGCAAGAUCGCCGAAAUGUGGGACUGGGCCAACAUGAUCAAAGGAGAUUUGAACGUGCUGGUCGGUGCCAAGAGCGCCGAGAAGGAUAUCGUGGUGAAGGGGAACAAGCGGAAGAGGAACCUCCACUGUCGAUACAACGAGGCCCAACUCAAAAACGUAACUCUGACGGCGAACAAGACGGUCCCGGGGAGAAGACCGUUCGUGAAGCCGCGAGAGCUGAUAUACGCAAACAGAACAUGGGCCAAAUAUGUCCGAGAAUCUGGCUGCGAGCCGGUCGUGAAGAUCCUCAGGCCCAUAGCUCUGUCGGCCGUGGCCAACAACACCGACUCCAUGUCCACGGCUGCCCUGAUGCUCGCCACCUUCGCUUUCGCUUUUGGCGCAGCCACCAUCAUGAUGACUUUGAGAUUGUUCCGAAAGAGGGAUAGUACGGAAGUUCACACAGAGAACACGCGUAAACAUAGAUAAUUAAGUAUAAUGCAGUAGCAAAUGUGAUGAAAAACAAUGGAGAUAUAGUAGAUACCCGCGGUGUAAGGUUAAGAAAAAAUGUUUCUGUGUUAAUAUUUUUAAUGCGAAUCCUGCAUUGACCUGAAAUGUGUAGACAAAUCAUGAUUUUAUCUACUAGUCAAAAUCAAAGAAAAUCGCUUUUAAUAUUUAAGGAAAUAAUAUUAUGCUUUAAAGUAUAUGUAAUUAAUUAAUUUUAUUAAUGUCGAUAUUAAAUGUGAUUAAUGUUUA